AUGUUCUCGCGCAUGCGUAUUGUUGAUGACGGGCUAGCUUUGUUAGCCGAGUAGACUGGUUGAUUUUCUCCCUCAAACCUUUUAAGUUACUGCCAGAUUUUAAGUCAUUAAGCUCGCCUGCUGUUGCCAAGCCUUCGUUAUUCCACCAUGCUACAGUUCCUGGCUGGCUUUACCUUGGGAAAUGUUGUGGGGAUGUACCUGGCUCAAAACUAUGAUGUUCCCAACAUAGCCAAGAAAAUUGAAGCCUUUAAGAAAGAUGUGGAGGCCAAGAAGAAGCCCCCAGAGUGAGCAGAGCGGGACCAUGUUGCAACAAAGAACUCUCGAGAGAAACUAUUUAUUUUACACUGUUAUGGUAUAAAGAGGGUACAUAUGAUGAAAGGACUGACUAUGUAAAAAUAUGUAUGAGAAUAUUAAGUGCCUGGAACCACAUUUGUUUCUUCCCUUAGCUUUAUAGGUAUGUUGUUGUUGUAGCCUAUUUUUAUAAGGAACUGUGCAAAGGCUGGAUUUAAAGAAUAUUACAGAUAACUAGUGGGAUCACUUAAGUCCAGUAUCAUGGCACUGUAGGCUCGCAUUUUCUUUAACUUACACAUCAGGUGUAAAUAUUUGUAAAGCUUGCUGUUGCUACUCAGUGUUGUAUUCCACAAAGUUUCAACAUUUUCCUAAGCUUCCAACUUAUCAGUAACAUCUGCCACAUGUUUUGUGACAUUUAGUACGAACACAAUUCUGAAUCUUUCAGCUUAUAAUAAAGUUGUUGAUAAUGUUAA